AUGACGGGAAUCACACCGAAAGACCUGAUGAUUACCGAAAGAAAUUACAUUCCUGAUAACACUGAAGACGAACAAAAGAAAAGAAAAAGGACAGCCAGUGAAAAACCUUUCAAAACGUGGUUAAUUAGUCUUAUCUAUCAUAUAUAUAUAGCGUUCAUUCAUGAUUUUAUCGAAUCUUUUAUAAAUAAUGAAAGUCGUCAACUUUUUAUUCAUUUACACUCCGAAGAACUGUUUAAUAUAGAAAAUAAAAGACACGACGAAACAGAACAGAAAAGAGAGGAGGAAGGUAAUCCUGUUGUUAAUAUCAACGAUAACGUCGACCAAAAAAGUAAUGCAGAAGACGGUUCACUUUUCGUUAACACGGAUAAUAGACAGGCCAGUGAAAAUACAUUUUACCCCGCGUUUUCUCCAUUUCAAAAUCAACCGUUAGGUCAUUCUAGACCUAUCUUCUUCACUCAACAAGACACAGCAUUUAGCCAAAGGACGCCUUUUCAAAAUAAUUUUGACAAUUCGGGAAGACACAGUGGAUAUAAAGACUCCUACAUCUUCAACAACAACAACGCAUCGCCAAAACCCGAACAAGAAAGCAUCUUAGGAUCUGGUAAUUUCGGGGUCAUAACUGGUGGAACUUUCUACAGCGAGAAGGACGAGAAUUCAAAAUACGGGAACUACGAUUCGUUUUCCCACAACGGACACGGAAAACCUGCGUUUUAUUUUACAUCGCAAUCCAAACCCCAACCGUAUCAACAAGAACAGUUCGCUAAUUUCAAAGACUUUGCUGACAUCAAUACCCAAAAUGAUAGGCAAUAUUCACAAUAUGUUGUUGCCUAUGCUCCAAGAGAGAACGAUACGAUUGAGAGAGAAAAUCGAGGAGAAGAAACAGUGGUUACAAAACCAAUUCCAAAAAAUAUUAUUGAAAGCCUAACUUUAAUAGAUUCGGAACAUAUAACUACAAUACCAGAGAAAAAACUGUCAGCGUCAAAGAGGAAGCUUGCUCUACUUAAACCAGAAAAGAAGCAUCUCAUAAAAAUUAUAAAGAAAACCAAAUCUAGAGAACUGGAAGAACCACUUCUGGCUUUAAGUUAAUUGAAAACUGCUUAGUUUCGAUGAAAUUAAAAAUUUACAUUCUGAUUUGCAGAAUGAUGUAUAUAAUUCCUUGAUGAAUCGAAGUCAGCAUAGAAAAAUUGUGAUUUUGAUUUGAUAUUAGGAUAAAUCGUGUCAGAUCUACCUC